CGGGACAGAGCCCGGGAGCGGCCCGGCCCGGGGUGCUGCUCCCCGACCCCGCCGCUGCCGAGUUACCGCCGGGGCAGCUGCCCGCUGCCUUCCGCAGCUCCGGGCAUCCUGCGGGACCAACGGUAUUCCCUCUUCCCGAGCUGCCCCCGGCUGCCGUGGGCAAGGAAGGCGGUGGUGGCGGCCCCGGGAGGGCAGCCCGGCUGCCGCUGGCCCGGGCUCCUCUCCCUGCUGGGUUCUGGGCAGCGCCGUCUUUGGUUCUUCAGGAGGCUCAUCUCAAAGUAUAGCUUAAAAAAGCUUUGCAAAUAGUGGGAGAAAAUGUCACAUAAAAACUCUAAAGUAACCAAGAAAGUAAACAUUUCCAGCUCCUUGGAAUCUGAGGAUAUCAGCUUGGAAACCACAGUACCAACUGAUGAUGUUUCUUCCUCUGAAGAGAGAGAAGGUGCUGUAAAAAUCACUAAGCAGCUGAUUGAACGGAAGGAGCUGCUCCAUAAUCUUCAGCUGCUUAAAAUAGAAUUAUCGCAGAAAAACUUGAUGAUUGACAACUUGAAAGUUGAAUAUUUGACCAAGAUUGAGGAGCUAGAGGAGAAGCUUAAUGAUGCAAUCCAUCAAAAGCAGCUGUUGUCUUUACGACUGGAUAGUCAGGUGGCAUUACAGCAAGAAGAUGCCAGGAAACAUCAGGCUCUAAUGAAGCAAGAAAUGGAAACUAUUUUAUUGAGACAGAAGCAACUGGAGGAAACAAAUUAUCAGUUGAGAGAGAGGGCAGGAGACAUCCGUCGCAGCUUGAGAGACUUGGAAUUAACAGAUGAAUGCUAUGAGAAGCUAAAGUCUCUUCCUGAAGAUCAGCUUUCUAUCCCUGAAUAUGUUUCAGUCCGGUUCUAUGAAGCAGUCCAUUCCUUAAGAAGAGAGCUAAGUGAUCUACAGAUGAAAAAGGAGAGUCUGACAGAAGAACUAAGUGGGUACAGAUCCCAGCUGAAGUGUCUGACAGAGAGCUAUGAAGAAGAGAGGAGGAGUCGCUCAGAGCUUGAGGUCAGAUGCCAGCGUUUAACACUGGAACUGGCUGAUACCAAGCAGUUGAUUCAGCAAGGUGAUUACAGACAACAGAACUAUGAUAAAGUAAAAUGUGAACGUGAUGUAUUUGAGCAUGAACUGUCAGAACUCAGAAGAAACUAUGAAAUACUGGAGGUGUCAUACAAAACACAAACUAAAGAAAGAAAUGACUUAGCAAAAGAGCUGGCAACCAUACAACAAUCCCUCAACUUGUUGCAAAAAGAUAAAGAUUAUCUGAAUCGCCAGAACAUGGAGCUCAGCGUUCGCUGUGCACAUGAAGAAGAUCGUCUUGAAAGACUGCAGAUUCAGCUAGAGGAUGCCAAAAAAGCUAGGGAAGAAAUGUAUGAAAAAUAUGUUGCAUCCAGAGACCACUAUAAAGCAGAAUAUGAAAAGAGACUACAUGAAGAGUUGGAACAAAUAAGGUUGAAAACAAAUCAAGAAAUUGAUCAACUAAGAAGCACCUCAAAAGAGAUGUAUGAACGUGAAAACAGAAAUUUGAGAGAAGCACGAGAUAAUGCUGUUGCAGAAAAAGAGAGAGCAGUUACUGCUGAAAAGGAAUCUUUAAGAAAAUACGAUCAGCUCUUAGAACAGUAUAGACAAAUGCAGCUUGGCACAGAAAGCAAAGUUGCUGAACUUCUUCACCAAAGUAAGUUAAAGUCCUUUGAAACUGAACAUGUUCAACUCAUGCAACAAGAAACAGCUAAGAAUCUUUCACAGUGCCAAAUGGAAUGUGAGAAAUACCAGAGAAAGUUGGAGGUGCUUACAAAGGAGUUUUACAGUCUUCAGUCUUCUAGUGAAACCCGCAUUAUUGAGCUUCAAACACAGAAUUCUGAGUUUCAAGCAAGACUAGAUACGUACGAAAAACUUGAAAAAGAGCUUGAUGAGAUAAUACUGCAGACAGCAGAAAUGGAAGAUGAAGUUGAAGCUGAAAGGGUUCUCUUCUCAUAUGGAUAUGGUGCUAAUGUUCCUACAACAGCCAAAAGACGACUAAAGCAAAGUGUUCACUUGGCAAGAAGAUUGCUGCAGCUAGAAAAGCAAAACUCGUUGCUUGUGAAAGAUCUGGAACAUCAGAAGGAACAAGUAAUACAGAUUUCACAAGAGCUUGACAGAGCAAAUUCUUUGUUGAACCAAGCACAACAGCCAUACAAAUACCUCAUUGAAACUGUGCAACAGAGAGAUUCUCAAAUAAGUCUACAGAAAGAACAUAUUGCACAACUUGAAAAAGAUUUCAGUCUUUUAAAUAAAGAAAAGUCAGCUUUGCUGCGUGUCAAGAAUCAAAUGGCUGCAGAUUUGGAGAGACUUCUAAAUGACCGUGAGGAAUUAGCCACAAUGAAGCAGAUUAUUUUUACUCUACGUGGUAAAGGCUGCGAACAAAAUCUACCUCGGUCUCAUAUUGGUGUAAAAAGUGCAACUGGAAAACAAUCAAUCCCUUUGGUAAAACUGCUGCCAGAACAUGAAGAAGAAAAUAUAUUUACACCUAAGCCAACAUUAUUUACAAAUAAAGAGGUACCUGUGUGGUACAAGAAACUGAAGAAGAAAACAUCAGCAUAGCAUUUUUCAAAAAUUAUUCAAAAUAAUCCUUUGGGGAGCUUUUCUUUAAAGAAAGUUAUUUUCACCAUAGUGAUGCUCAUUUUACUGUAGAAGCAAACAACUGGUUUGGUUUUAACUGUUUCUUUUUUGACUGUCAAAUACUCUUAUGCUUCAUAAAAUAAUUUCUAGAUCUCUCAUGUGAAUAAAAUGUGUGAAAAUGAUACAUGCAAUAAUUUUGCUAACAUUUAUUUGAAUUUUAAAGAUAAAUAAACACUAGUGUGUUCUACAAAUUAUAAUCUGGGUAGUUAAAGGAUGUGUUAUUCAGGGUGUUCAAAUUAACGCAUGUUUCAGCCUUUUUAUAUUGUUUUUCCUGGACUCUGUGUUUCAUGCCACAUUCCUUGCAACUAUUCUGACUAAUGGAAAUUUUCAAAAUAUACAUGCAUUAGUAUUGUAUUUUCUAUAAAGGAAAUUCAUGUCAGCUGGAAACAAAAUUUCCUACUGGCCUUAAUUUGUAGUUCAUCACUUGAUGUCAUUUGUAUAACCAAGCAGGCAUUAAAAUACUUUGAAGAAGCAAUA